AUGAUUGAGAGACGUAGUUUAUAUUAUGCCUUUUGUCUCGUGUCAUCUUCGAAAGAAGUCCUCAAGGGAUCUUGCACGAUUGCCAGAGAUUCUUUUGCGCAGUGGGCCAGCACUUCCACUCUUACUAGGCCUAUUUUGAUGCAGUAUCAAUGGUUCAAUGACCCUCAAUGGAAUGAGGCCAGGCAGCUGUCUGAAGAAAUAAGGUCGAAGAAUUUAUCCCAACAACGCAAGAAACAGAAAAAAUUAUCUGGCGUCAGAAAUUACUCCUCCUACUCAAAAGGACAAAAAACAACUUGA